GACAGAGCCGGAGCCGGAGUCGGAGCCGGGCAGGAGGACACAGCGCCGCCGCCCGCGCAGCCAGAGUUCCUGCCGCCGCGGUGCGCCGCCUCCGCCGGAGCGCGGCGCAGAGUCCGGGCCGAUGGGCCGCGCGGGUCGGCGGCGGGCGGCGAGGUGGCGGCGCCAGGACGCGCCGCCUUGCGCGCGCGGGCCGUAGCGAGUCCGGGGACGACGGCUCCGAGGUGAAGAGAAUACCCAUGGUCAGCUGUCUGGAGGAUGCUGCUGAGAAGAGCAGGCGACCAAGUCGCCAGCGGCCAAGAAGCAGGUUGGCUUGGAGAAACUGAGCUCUGAAGACAUUGACUGCUCUUGGUGACGAGAAAAUACGACCGGAGCCCAGGCCUCUCUGCGCGCGUGUGCUGGAGUUGUGAAUGGCAGUGGAAGGAGGUUUGCGCCGGUCUUCCUGGUGACACUCAGCUGCUCGCCAGGGUGGACAUGAGCGACCCAAGACAGCCACAAGCAGAGAAGCACAAGCUUGGCAGAGCCUCCGCCCAGUUCACGGACCCUCCCAGAAUCAUGCAGUCGGAUGAUUAUUUUGCUCGGAAAUUUAAAGCCAUCAAUGGCAACAUGGGACCUGCUACUUCUUUAAAUGCCUCAAAUUCCAGUGAGAGUGGCGGUGGUCCGGCCAGCAGUACCCCAGCUGUGCCCAAAAUGGGCGUGAGAGCCAGAGUGUCUGAGUGGCCUCCUAAAAAGGAGUGCUCCAAGGAGCUGCCCUGCAAGACGCUGUGGGAAAGCCGGUCUCAGAGCAGCUAUGAGAGUGUGACCUCCAUCCUGCAGAACGGGCAGAGCGGCCAGGGCGGCGGGCAGCAGGAGGAGCAGCUGGGCCUGGACCUGGUGGAGGCCAGGUGCACCAUCGGAGACAUCUUUGUCCACUCUCCCCAAAGAGGGCUGCACCCCAUAAGGCAGAGGAGCAACAGUGAUGUCACCAUCAGUGACAUUGACGCUGAGGACGUCCUGGACCAGCGUGCGGUCAACCCCAACACCGGGGCAGCCCUGCACAGGGAGUACGGAAGCACGUCGUCCAUCGACAGGCAGGGCCUCUCUGGAGAAAGCUUCUUCGCUAUGCUGAGAGGCUACCGCAUGGACAGCUAUGACCCCAAGGCCAUGGUCCCUCUUGGGUUCCCUGAGUUCUUCCCCUGUGACCCCGCAAUCUCCCCCAGCCUGCAGGCGGCAGCCCAGAUUUCUCGGGGAGAAUUUGUUCGCAUCUCAGGAUUGGACUACGUGGACAGCGCGCUCCUGGUGGGGAGGGACAGGGACCAGCCUUUCAAGCGCAGGUUAAAAUCAGAGUCGGUGGAAACAUCCCUCUUCCGAAAGCUGCGGACCGCCAAGAGCGAGCAUGAGACCUUCAAGUUCACGUCCGACCUGGUGGACAGCCGCCUGGACAGGGUUGUCCGCCCUUGGAACUGUCAGCGGUGCUUUGCGCAUUACGACGUCCAGAGCAUCCUGUUCAACAUCAACGAAGCCAUGGCCACCAGGGCCAGCGUGGGGAGACGGAAGAACACCACCACGGGGGCCUCGGCCGCCUCGCAAACCCAGGCGCCUGCAGGCCAGGCGGGUGGCUGCGAGUCCCCCCUCGGGAGCAAGGAGGACCUCAACUCGAAAGAGAGCCUGGACGCUGACGAGGGGGACGGGAAGAGCAACGACCUGGUUCUCAGCUGCCCUUACUUCAGGAACGAGACCGGCGGGGAGGGCGAGCGGCGCGUGGCGCUCUCGCGGGCCAGUUCAGCCUCCCCGGGCGCCGGUGAGAGCGGCUCCUUCGAGUCCUCGCUGAGCUCCCACUGCACCAACGCAGGCGUCUCCGUCCUGGAGGUGCCGCGGGACAGCCAGCCCGUGCAUAGGGAGAAGGUCAGGCGCUACGUCAUCGAGCACGUUGAUCUCGGGGCCUACUACUACCGCAGGUUCUUCUACGGAAAAGAGCACCAGAACUACUUCGGAAUAGACGAAAACCUGGGCCCGGUGGCCGUCAGCAUCCGCAGGGAGAAGGUGGAAGACCCCAAGGAGAAGGAAGGGUCCCAGUUCAACUACAGGGUGGCGUUCAGGACGAGCGAGCUCGCGACCCUCAGGGGUGCCAUCUUGGAAGAUGCCGUGCCCUCCACUGCCCGGCAUGGCACUGCGCGGGGCCUGCCCCUCAAGGAGGUGCUGGAGUACGUGGUCCCGGAGCUGAGCACCCAGUGCCUGCGGCAGGCCUCCAACUCGCCCAAGGUCCCGGAGCAACUGCUGAAGCUGGACGAGCAAGGGCUGAGUUUUCAGCACAAGAUUGGGAUCCUCUAUUGCAAAGCAGGACAGAGCACAGAGGAGGAAAUGUACAACAAUGAGACAGCAGGACCAGCUUUUGAGGAAUUCCUGGACCUUCUGGGACAGAGAGUACGGCUGAAAGGAUUCACUAAAUACCGUGCCCAGCUGGACAAUAAAACCGACUCCACGGGAACCCACUCCCUCUACACCACCUACAAGGACUACGAGCUUAUGUUCCAUGUGUCCACCCUGCUCCCCUACAUGCCCAGCAACAGGCAGCAGCUCCUGAGGAAGAGGCACAUUGGGAACGACAUCGUCACCGUGGUCUUCCAGGAGCCGGGGGCGCUGCCCUUCACCCCCAGGAGCAUCCGCUCUCACUUCCAGCACGUCUUCGUCAUAGUGAAGGUGCACAACCCCUGCACGGAGGCCGUGUGCUACAGUGUUGGUGUUUCCAGAUCCAAGGACGUGCCACCAUUCGGUCCCCCAAUUCCCAAAGGUGUAACUUUCCCAAAAUCGGCAGUGUUUCGGGACUUCCUUUUAGCCAAAGUGAUCAACGCAGAAAACGCAGCCCAUAAAUCAGAAAAAUUCCGAGCAAUGGCCACUCGAACAAGGCAAGAGUACUUGAAGGACCUGGCGGAGAACUUCGUGACCACUGCCACAGUGGACGCCUCUGCCAAGUUCAGCUUCAUCACCCUGGGCGCUAAGAAGAAGGAGAAGGUGAAGCCCAGGAAGGACGCCCACCUGUACAGCAUCGGAGCCAUCAUGUGGCACGUGGUGGCCAGGGACUUCGGCCAGUCCGCAGACAUCGAGUGUCUCCUCGGGAUUUCCAAUGAGUUCAUAAUGCUGAUUGAAAAGGACUCCAAGAACGUGGUGUUUAACUGUUCCUGCAGGGACGUUAUCGGGUGGACGUCGGGACUGAUGAGUAUCAAAGUGUUUUACGAGAGAGGAGAGUGCAUCCUCCUGUCCGCGGUGGACGGCUGCGCCGAAGACGUCAGGGAGAUCGUGCAGCGCUUAGUGAUAGUGACGCGAGGCUGCGAGACGGUGGAGAUGACCCUGCGGAGGAACGGGCUGGGCCAGCUCGGCUUCCACGUGAACUUCGAAGGCAUCGUUGCUGACGUGGAGCCUUUUGGCUUCGCCUGGAAGGCCGGCCUGCGCCAAGGGAGCCGCCUGGUGGAAAUCUGCAAAGUGGCCGUGGCCACGCUGACCCACGAGCAGAUGAUUGACCUGCUGCGGACGUCCGUGACCGUGAAGGUGGUCAUCAUCCAGCCCCACGAGGACGGCUCACCCCGCAGGGGUUGCUCCGAGCUGUGCCGGAUCCCCAUGGUGGAGUACAAGCUGGACAGCGAGGGCACGCCCUGCGAGUACAAGACCCCCUUCAGGAGGAACACCACCUGGCACCGGGUGCCUGGCCCUGCCCUGCAGCCCCUCCCCAGAGCCUCCCCCGUGCCCAGCACUCCUGACCGCCUGCAGUGCCAGCAGCUGCUCCAGCAGGCCCAGGCCGCCAUCCCCCGCAGCACCUCCUUUGACCGGAAGCUGCCCGACGGUACAAGGAGCUCUCCCAGCAACCAGUCAUCCUCCAGCGACCCUGGACCCGGUGGGAGUGGACCCUGGAGACCACCAGUGGGCUAUGACGGGUGCCAGUCCCCUCUGCUGCCUGAGCACCAGGAGUGUGACGGAGCCAGGGAGCACGAGGACGCUGUGGAAGGAAGCCGGCUCCCAGAAACCAAAUGGCAUGGCCCGCCUUCCAAAGUCCUGGGCUCCUAUAAGGAGCGAGCCCUGCAGAAGGAGGGAAGCUGCCGAGACUCCCCCAGUCAGCUCUCUCACGUGGGAGAUAAAAGUUGCUCCAGUCACUCCAGCAGCAACACGCUCUCCAGCAACACCUCCGGCAGCAGUGACGACAAGCACUUUGGGUCGGGGGACCUGAUGGACCCCGAGUUGCUGGGGCUGACCUACAUCAAAGGGGCGUCCACUGACAGCGGCAUUGACACCGCCCCAUGCAUGCCCGCCACCAUCCUCGGCCCCGUCCACCUGACGGGCAGCAGGUCCCUGAUCCACGGCCGGGCUGAGCAGUGGGCUGAUGCGGCCGACACCCCGGGGCCUGAGGAUGAGCAGGCUGCGAUGUACGCCGUGCACGCUUACGCCUCCGCCAUCUCCGCCGGCAGCGCAGCUGAGGGCAGCUUGGGCGACCUCAGCGAGACGUCAUCUCGUUCCAGCGGUUCCCACCAUUCGGGGAGCCCGUCGGCUCACUGUUCCAAAAGUAGCGGGUCUCUGGAUACCUCCAAAGUCUAUAUCGUGUCCCACGGCAGUGGUCCACAGCUUCCCGGCUCUGUGUCCAAGCCCUACCACAGGCAAGGGGCAGUCAACCAGUAUGUCAUUGGCUGGAAGAAGUCAGAGGACAGUCCACCACCUGAGGAGCCUGAAGUGACAGAAUGUGCCCGGAUGUACAGCGAGGUGGACGUCAUGUCCGCAGCAGGUCACCAUCAGACCGUGGGAGACGCAGUUUCAGAAACUCAACACGUCCUGUCCAAAGAGGGUUUUCUGAAACUGAUGCUUCCUGACAGCCCCUUGGUGGAGGAGGGGAGAAGAAAGUUUUCAUUCUACGGGAACCUGUCUCCGAGGAGGUCGCUGUACCGCACCCUCUCUGACGAGAGCGUGUGCAGCAAUCGCAGGGGGUCCUCCUUUGGCAGUUCCCGCAGCUCCAUCCUUGACCAAGCGCUGCCCAACGACAUCCUGUUCAGCACCACGCCCCCCUACCACAGCACGCUGCCACCCCGGACCCACCUGGCACCCAGCAUGGGGAGCCUGAGAAAUGAGUUCUGGUUCUCCGACGGGUCCUUAUCGGAUAAGUCCAAGUGUGCAGAUCCUGGCCUGAUGCCCCUCCCAGACACAGCCACUGGGUUAGCUUGGUCCCACCUGGUGGACGCAGCCCGGGCGUUUGAAGGUCUUGACUCAGAUGAAGAACUGGGGCUGCUCUGUCACCACCCGUCCUUUCUAGACCAGAGAGUGGCCUCCUUCUGCACCCUGACGGGCCUGCAGCACGGGCAGGACUUGGAAGGGGCCCAGGAGCUGCCCUUGUGCGCAGAUCCAGGCAGCGGCAAGGAGUUCUUGGACUCAGCUGGGGAGCGCUCUCCGUCCACACUGACCGGGAAAGUCAACCAGCUGGAAUUAAUUCUCCGACAACUGCAGACUGACCUUCGGAAGGAGAAGCGGGACAAGGCGGUGCUGCAGGCGGAGGUGGAGCACCUGCGGGAGGACAACCUGCGCCUGCAGGAGGAGUCGCAGACGGCCGCCGCCCAGCUGCGCAGGUUCACCGAGUGGUUCUUCAGCACCGUGGACAAGAAGUCCUAGCAGCGCCUCGCGGUGCCGCCCACCGCCCUGCCCCGCCAGCAUGGUUCCUGAGUGUGCUACCGCCAGGCGCAGCGCAUGCGGAUCCAUCCCCUGCAGUGCCAUCACCCAGCGGGACGGCCCGGCUCCUCCGGCAGCCACAGCGGGGCAGUGUGUGCAGAGGGGCGUGCCGCAUCCCGGAGACCCCCCUCUGGCUCACCCGGCUCACUUUGGGGGCGGGUGUGGGCUCCGUUUCCAGUGCCGGCGGUAGUAGGAUGCCAGGCAGCGCGGUCGGCCUGAGUUGUAAAGUAGACGCGGAGGCGCGCAGUCAGACGUUCGCUCUGAUGGUAAAGGUGCUCUAUUUUUUUGGAUGUACAGUAGCUUUAUUUCCACAGCCACAUUAUCAUAGCAAUAAAGAGGGAGGCUUAGUACAUAGCUGGGACCUCCCUGGGGAAGCCCUGGCGGUCCGACUAGUUCGAACGCAGUUACUUUAGAGACUUAUUUAUUUGCAGGAACAAAUGGUGCCUGAAUAUUAACAGUGUUCUGAUAUUUUUAAAAAGAUACCUAUGCCUUGUCAGUGGCUCGCCGAGUGUUCCUAGUCGCUAACUCUUAGCUCACGUUGUAUAGUUGCCUUGCUGAAGCGAGAGAUCGGCUCACGCCAAGCUGCACUGUGCUGUGAGCCCAGGAGUCCUGCGGGCAGCGCCACGUUCGCGUAUCUUGUACAGAAGCUCUGAUGACGUGUCUUGUAUUUAACACCCUUAUUUAAGCUUAUUUAACCUUAAAUUGUUAAUUUUAUAAGAUGUGGUCUUACCUGCACUGUGAGGCGAAGAGGAGGCAGCGGGCAGCUCAGGAGGACGGGCUCGCCCAGCGCAGAACAGGCCGGAGGGAGUCCACAGCUGGAUGCUGCUAGUGACGAGUCGUUUGUAUUGCUUUACCAUUUUUAACUGUUAUAUUUGAGAUGAAUAUACAUUUUGCUUUUUUAAUAAAUGUUCAAAAGAAGUCCACGUAAGCAACAGCCUUGUCAGGUGGAUGUAGACCUUUUAUGAUCUGUCAACAGUCUGUGGAUUUAUUUUGGGUCAUUUAAGAUCUUGUUGUAUACUAAAUACCGUUUAGCUGCCUUGUUAGAGAGUCCCAGGCUGAUUUAAAGUAAAGAGUAACUAGUAUUUAUUAGUA